AUGAAACUUGCACUUGAUGUCCCGACGGCUGCCCUUAUUUGCCUCAACACGGUGCUUCUAGCAGUCUACCUCGCUAAGAAGUUCAAGUCCCGCGAUUCAGAGAUCCUCACUGCUGGUUUCUGCUUCCCCAUCAUAGGACAUGCGCUGCCAGUUUUAUACGCACACACUCGCUUUCUGGCGUGGUGCCGUGCGCGUUAUGGUGGAGUAUACAAACUUCGUCUCCCUCAAGAGGACGUCAUCGUUAUAUCUGACCCCGUGGCCAUCCUCCACCUACAAACGCGAUCGCCCAAAGAACUCGGUCCCUUCAAAUACCAGCGCACAGGCCCUAUCUCAGGCAUAUCCGAGGCGCGCGUUCCGCAUCUUUUCCACAUUCUUCAUCGCCACGUUUAUCCCGUCGCUGCCAACGCGCUCACACCGACACGCCUUGCCGGGUCUACUGCACGAACCGCAUUCAAUCUCGACUGGGCUCUGCGCCGUUUGUCGCACAACACAGACGCGAUGGUUCAGGUCGAUAUGCUGGAUCUAGUAACACGGAUCGUUUUUCGCGCUUCUUUCACUACCUUUUGGGGCGAUCGCGUACCCGAACUGCUGCCGGAUUUCUUAAUUUACGACAAGAACAUGUUCUUCGUUGUAGGAGACGUGCCGCUCUUGGGGCGUACAGGACGUCGAGCGCGGGAACGCCUUGUCUCUACGAUGCAUUCUUAUCUCAUUCAACACCGCUCGGUACCGACCGACGAUGUCGCUGAUGAGGGUGGCACCAUCAUAGCGAAAGCUAUCCGGAUUCUGGAAGAGUCCGGUGUCACCGACGAUGAGAUUGCACGGUGUCUUGUCAUCAUAUUAUGGGGGAUCAACGGCAACAUCAUCCAGGUUGCGAUCUGGCUCAUGAUCUACCUCACCUCAACCCCCUCUGCCUUCAUCCGUGUUCGUGACGCAGUGCGCUCUGCGCAUCCUGGCAUUGAGCCAGACCCAGAAUCUCUCAGCGAGCACUUCGAUGACAUUCCCAUCCUCGACUCCGCCAUCAAGGAGGUCUUACGCCUGGUGGCGCUUCCGGGCACUGAUCGUGUGACGCUCGUUGACAUCACGCUCCCGCUGCAAGAUGGCCGAACCCAAGCUGUACGGAAGGGAGAGCACCUAUUGUUGGACGUACGAGGUGUUCACCAUGACCCUCUUUACCAUCGCGACCCAACGGCUUUCAAGGUGGACCGGUUUCUCGAUCCAGAGGCGAAGUAUGGCAAUCAUGCAGGCGUCAAGACCCUUAUACCAUGGGGCGGAGGAAUGUUCAUGUGUAAGGGCCGCGACUACGCCCAGCGUAUCAUCAAGCUAUAUUUCAUCAUACUCCUCCAACUGUACGAUAUUGAGCUACAGGGGAGUACUACGAUACCCUCGCCGGUCAGACAGUCGGUCACUGCUGCGCACCCUGAGUCCUACCCACCGAUCAAGAUUCGACGUCGCACAAGUCUAUGA